AUGGUAAGGAAGGCCCAUGGGGCAGACUUUCAACUUGCAAUCCUCAACUACCCUCCAGCGGCUGCCCAUCUCCCUACACCUACACCCACACCCACCUGGUCCAGUGACGAGGACUCGGAUCAUACGUCCUGCUCUAACCCGGAGCCCAUAUCUGUCUCCACCUCCUUCUACCCCGGAUCCCACUCCCAGCCUCAUAACAUAGUUUUCAAAACCAGCGACUCGGUGUUAUUCUACCUCAACAUCCCAGCGAUGCAAAGGCUAUCCCAUACCGCCUUCAAUUCCCUCAUUCCCCCAAACACAACAACGUCCUCCUCAGAAGAAGACCAAGCAAUCGACGUCCCAGAAUCAUCAGCCGUCUUCGACGUCCUAGCACACGCUCUCUACGACAUCUCCUGCGCUGCCCACACCCACCCCCUCGAAGUAAUCCUAUCCGCCAUCGACCGAAUGUCAUUAUACAGCAUUACCCCAACGCACCUCAUCUUCCCAGGUAGCCACCUCUACCAGCUCCUCCUCAACCACGCUUCAACCUCCCCUCUCCAGAUCUACGCUCUAGCAGGGCAACACGGGAUCCACGAACUCGCGGUUCACUCUUCGCAAUACUCCAUGCUAUACCCCAUCUCGGCUAUGACCGACGACCUCGCCUGCAGGACAGGCGCCGUAUACCUCAAGAAACUUUUAGUGCUCCAUACGUUCCGACACGACACUUUCAAACGCAUCAUUUCACGACCUCUCGAAUUACAUCCUUUGAGUAGCGACUGUGAUCCGCACGAACGAGCUGAAUUGGAAUAUGCCUGGGUUGUACACACCCAGACAUACAGAUCGCCCCAGGACAUCCACAGCGGAGAUAAGUUUGGUUUAACCGGAGUUUCAACCUAUGGUUGA